GGGUGGGGGGGUCACCGCCUGGACGGGAUGUCCGAGCUGCUCGCGCCGGCCUGUGCGGUGCAGCUCGAGCUCUCACGCCAACUCCACCGUCGAUGACGUGUUGCGUCACGUGAGCGCUUCUUCCCUCGUACGUCCGUCGUAUUUUCCUCCCUCCGCCGCCUGCCUCGGCUCCGGCACUCUCCAAACAAACAGGCGCAAUAAGACGAAGGGGGGCGGACGCUGUCGGGACCGGUGUCACGGUUAUCAGCACCGGACGGACGGAGGGGGUCGAACACCUACAACUUACCAUCAGAGAGAAGCCCGAACCCCCCCCUCCCACUCCACCACCGGUCCGUUUGCGGCUCCUCUGAGCCCGCAUCCAUGUAAACUUUACAAUAGCUGCGCCGCAUACGAAGACGUCCCGCCGCGCGAGGAUUUUCUCCAAAACUGUUGCGAGAACCACAGCUGGACCUAUGGAAAUGACCCGCGGCCCUCCCUCCUCCCCCAUGCCUGGCCUAUAGUCAACGAGAAACCCAUACUUCUCUCUCACACCCCUCUCUCAGCCAUUUGACCAACCCUCCCCCCCCCUUCCUCCUCCCCGACUCCGCGGUCACACCAUGGCCAGCAAGAGGAAGUCAACGACCCCCUGUAUGAUCCCCAGCAAGAUCGUCCACCCGUCGGAGGAGGUUCAGCAGGACCCUCCCGUUCUUCUCCGUCAGUCCAGGAUUUCCGGAGGCGAGAGGCAUAGCCCCCUCGACCCCGGAGUGUCUUCCAAACCAGACGCAGGGGACACUGUCAAAGAUGGCGCUGGUACUUACACCUGUAAGCCUUGUAACUUUGAAACCCACGACCUUAACUUGUUCCUGGAUCACGUCUACACAGGGCACCGAGACUUUCGCGCAGAUCCCAGCUUCUUUUGCAUUAACUGUGGCGUUUCGUCGCCCAAGUUCGAAGGGCUGGCCCUGCACAACGCACGAAUUCAUCCCAGCACUUUAAACACGUCUCUGCAGCUGAAGAAGAGGGACCGGAGGUUGGUGGUGGAGCAGAGUCUGAUGGCCAGCGCGGACGGGAAGGACGGUGAGAUUUCCAUCACUAAAACCCCGAUCAUGAGGAUGCUGAAGGGAAAAUCGGAGCCGAAACGGAUUGUGGUGCCGCACCCGGUCCCCGAGGCGCCUUCGUCAGACACGCCCUCGGUUUCGACGUCCACAGAGAGAAAAGAAACUGCUGCAGUAACUGUCACUCAUGUUCCCACGAUUGUCCACAAUGGGACGACGAAGGUCACGCUGCCCUCAGCCAUCCAGAUAGUCAACGGCUCAGGAGCAUUACCGAUGCUGAAGACGCCAAUCACACAGGUUGUAUCAGUUGUUCAAAACAGGAACUUUCAUCAUUCUGCACCUACAACGGCCUCAUCAAAUGUUUCCUCCACUUCCUCAUCUUCAUCCUCGAAAAAUCUCCCCAAAGUGAUGAUUCCUUUGAGCAGCAUCCCGACCUACAGUGCCUCCAUGGACUCCUCUUCCUUCCUGAAGACCUCCUUCAGUAAAUUCCCGUACCCGACGAAGGCCGAGCUCUGCUACCUGACCGUGGUCACAAAGUUCCCCGAAGAGCAGAUCAAGAUCUGGUUCACGGCGCAGAGGCUGAAGCAGGGCAUCAGCUGGUCGCCCGAGGAGAUCGAGGAGGCCAGGAGGAAGAUGUUCAACACCAUCAUCCAGACGACCCCCUCCAGCUCGCAGAGCCAGAGUCAGAGUCACCACAGCGCGGCUCAGCACACCAUCACAGUCCUGCCGGCCUCGCUGGGCGCCGCGGGCAUUCCUCACAUCCUGCAGGGGUCCCUCGUGGGGCAAGGCGGUGUCAUCGUCACGCAGCCCGUGAUUUCGAACGGCAUCCAGGUGAGCAGCGCCCCCGUGGCGCUGGCCGUCACCCCCAAGCCUCAGGCGGCGGCCCGUCCCAUGAUGCAGGCCCGGCCCGCGGCGGCCCUGGUGGCAGACAAAGGCAUCAGCAUGAUGGUGGGGGCGGUGGGCAGCAGCAGCAGCACGGGGAGCAGCGUCAUUAGCAGCAGUACCAGCAGCCGGAGUGGGGGAGGGGCCGCCGGUAAUGUGAUCGGUAGCAGCCAGGCGAGCGUCAUCAAUCUCAGUCUAGGAAAUGGAAAUCACAGCGGUUCAAAGGUGAGCGGCGUCAACGGGAAACACCGCAGCGCCGGCGCCGACUCCAGCGACAAGAGCAAUAGUAGCAGCCACGUAAACGACAAGAACACUGGUCUCAGCAGCAACACCAGCAGCAGCGUCGUGCAGAGCGAGCAGGAGGCCGCCGUCGACAGCGAAGACGAGAACGCCGACAUUGAAACAGACAGAGAUACAAACGGUAGCAGCCACAAGAGAAACGCCACCAGCGCAGGCUUGGAUGACCUCGACCUCUCCGCCCGCGACUCCCCACCCAUCAACCUGGAGGAGGAGGCGUCUUCUCCUGCUUCCAAGUCCUCCUCCCCCUCGCCCGGCUCUCACAGCAGCUCGUCCAGCUCCCGGACGCCGUUCAGUGCUUUCCUGGACGCCACCUUCUACAAGGGCAAGAAGUCUCCGGAGCAGCUCAACGCCCUCAAAGACAGUUUUCUGUCCAACCAGUUUCCCGACCAGGAGGAGGUGGACCGCCUCAUCUCCCUGACCGGGCUCACCGUGCGAGAGGUCCGCAAGUGGUUCAGCGACCGCCGCUACCACUUCCGCAACCUGAAAGGCCCACGCACACCGGGAAGUCAGAGCAAGUGGGGCGCUGGAUGCGGUUCCAGUACGCCGGGGAGCGCCAACCCCAUCGACCUGUCCGACGGCGGCAGCAGCUCCAGGGCCAAAACCCCCCAGCACAGCCCCGACGGCCUCAGCCCCACCGCCGCGCCCACGCCCACCUCUCCGACCACGCCUUCCCGCAGGCACCCCAGACCGCCCUCUCCUGAUUUCACAGCGAUCCGCUACAAAGAGAGGGAACCCCACCAGGUUAAGGCCUUAGAAACCAGCUUUGCCUUGGAUCCCGAACCGUCAAGCGAUGAAGUGGACCGCCUGCGAUCGGAGACCAAGAUGACCAGGAGGGAGAUCCACGGCUGGUUUGCCGAGAAGAGGAAGAGAGUGGCGGCUGAGAGGAAGAGGGAGGAGGCGGAGCGGGCGCUGAGGGAGGAAGAGGAGGAGUCGAUGGAGGCGGACGGAGAGGAGAAGCACAGAGACGAACUCAAAGUCAACCCCAUCAAAAUAAACCUGAAGAUGCUGAAGGUGACGGAGGCCAACGGGAAGCCGGAGGGCGAAGCGCCGGACGGCCCGGCGAUACCCCCCCAGUCCUGCAACACGCCCGGCUCCUCGCCGAGCGCCGCCACCGCAACCCCCACCGUCAAACCCAAAGCGUCCCACUCCCCCAAGCCGGCGUCCGUCCGCGGCAAGAAGACGGUGGAGCAGCUCCACCUGCUGAAGCAGGUCUACGCCCGCACGCAGUGGCCCAGCGCCACCCAGUACGACGAGCUGAUCACCGCCACCGGCCUGCCCCGGCCCGAGGUGGUGCGCUGGUUCGGGGACUGUCGCUACGUGCAGAAGAACGGCCAGCUGAAGUGGCUGGAGGCGUACCAGACCACGGCCCUGGAGGAGGACCUGAGGAAGGGGAACGCCACGGUCCUCCAGGCCCACCUGGACGCCCACGGCAGGGCGGAGGAGUCUCAGCUGCAGGAGUUGGCUCAGUCCAGCGGCCUCACCACAGACCUGGUGCGACACUGGUUCUCUUCCAAGGCGUCUCCGUCGAGGAUCGAACCACCCGCCGCUCCCGCCGCCGGUCGCGCCAAGGGAAUCCGACCAGUUUCGGCGGGCGUGGCGGCCGAGCCGCAGACGACGGGAUCCUCCCCUCUGGAGCCGCAGCCGGGAUGCGGGACGGCGGAGGACAUGGAGCAGUCGGUGUGCGGCGCCACGGCGGCGGCGGAGGAGAAAGCGAAAGCGGACGAGCCUGUGAACGCCGCUCAAGGAACCGAUUGAAGAGGCCCUUUUGUGCACGGCCGGAGUCCAGCAGGCAGGUGGUCUUUGUUCCCGGGGGGUCGGACUAAAGGAGGGCAGAUGUGUCUGUAACCGGAUCACCGGACGGACACGCGGACCCAGAAAUGAUCCCCCACCCACACCUCUGCCCCCUCCCUCCUCCCUCUCACCCCAAGAGGGAGACGUGACCUCCCUCACAUCGCGAGAUGGACACUCAUCCCCCCCCUCCAUUCAACAUCCACCCACUCCUUUCCCCUUUUCUCUGGCGCUCUGUUACAUGCACACACACACACGCACACACACGCCGACACUCUCCCGUCCGCCAUUUUCCCUUCCAGCAGAGACUGGGGAGUGGAGGAGGCGGCAUGGGAGGAGGAGGUGAGACGGACAGCGUUUUGCACGCCUGCUGCGGCGGGAGAGAGAAUAAGCUAAACCCAAGUCGGUCACAUCUCUUCGUCCGGUUUCACCAAGACACGCCGACAGACGCCGGCCGCACUCGCAGGCCUCCCCCUCCACGCGCCAGCUAGACUGUCCACAGUACCGAAUGUGACGAAACGUUUACGACGAUGUUGUUUUUGAACAUCUCUUUUAUUUCUCCCCGCCCCUGUACAUAACUCUGUGUCAAGCAGAACGUUAACUAUUCUGAGAUGGGAAGACAUCACGGCGUCCUCCAGAGAGCGAAGCACCCUGCUGUGUCUAAAAGGAAAAAAAAAAACAAAAAGAAAAAAAAAGAGUCGAAUCUGCUUUGUGUUGUAGCAUCAAGUGCUUCUUCGCGUCGCUGACGUACGUUUGUUUUUAUGGGACUUUCUUAUCAGACAUUUGACUGUAAAAGAACUGUGAGCUUUUAUCAGAGUUCCAAACUUAGGCUUGAUGUAUAAUUUUUACAGAUGGUAUUUGCAGAAUAAACAGAAUGUAA